AAAUGGCUAUACGCCAUUGUUUUUGAACUAAGGAACGAAGCAACCACACAAAAUCAAUAAAAGAAACUAUAAAAACAAUAAGUAUAAUUAAAUAGAAAUGUCUCAAUUUAACUUUUUCAACGAAAUAAAUAGUGCCCUUACCAUGGAUGGUGAGAUAACUCGAGGCCCAAUACCAAGAUGGCAAAAAAAAUUAAUGGAAGCUUCUUCGACAAGUUUAAAUCAAUCAACAAAUCAGCGCUCAGUGCUUUCGGUGUCCUACAAUACAAGCUUUUCGGGAGCCAAUCCACCAACAAAAACGCCCGGUAAAAAUGGUGAUGCUAAAAACAAAAAGACUCCUACGCCAAGUAAGGGCUCUAAGACACCAGGUGGAGGUGGAGAUAGAUUUAUUCCCAAUCGCGGUACAACAAAUUUUGAAUUGGGUCACUAUCUGAUAAAACAAGAGCAGGAGAAAAACGAAAAUGACGAGGAGAAUGAGAGCGGCAACUCCAAUAAUAGCAAUAAAAUGACACCAGCCAAAGCAGAGCGUCAAAAACUUAUUUCUGACUCCAUGCAGGUAGCUGAUAGCAAAACAACUAGAAUUUUAUCAUAUCAGAACAAAGCACCUGCAGCCCCUGAAUCACAUACAAAUCCUUUAAAAGUAGUGUAUUCCAUUAAAACCCCAUCAUCGACAAAAAGCGGAUCACGUUACAUACCCACAACAUCGGAUCGUAUUUUGGAUGCCCCUGAUAUCAUCAAUGACUAUUAUUUAAAUCUAUUGGACUGGAGUGCCGAUAACAUUGUCACUGUAGCUUUAGGAAAUUCAGUAUACCUUUGGAAUGCUGUUACCGGCAACAUAGAACAAUUGGUAGAAUAUGACGAAGGUGAUCAUGCCUGUGCCUUAGCUUGGAUACAAGAGGGACAAAUUUUAGCAAUAGGCAACAAUACCGGAGCUGUCGAACUCUGGGAUUGUUCCAAAAUUAAGCGGCUACGUGUAAUGGAUGGCCAUGCAGCUCGUGUGGGUUCAUUGGCUUGGAAUUCCUUUUUAGUUUCUUCGGGUAGUCGUGAUGGCACAAUUAUACACCAUGAUGUCAGAGCUCGAGAACAUAAAGUGGGCAAUCUUGCGGGACACACUCAAGAGGUGUGUGGCCUUAAAUGGUCAACUGACUUCAAAUAUCUUGCCAGUGGUGGCAAUGAUAAUUUGGUUAAUGUUUGGGCUGCUGCCGGUGGAGGUGUAGGCACUGGCACCGAACCCCUUCAUAUUUUAAACCAACAUCAGGCUGCUGUUAGAGCUUUGGCUUGGUGCCCUUGGCAGCCCAAUUUAUUGGCUUCAGGAGGCGGUACUGCAGAUCGUUGCAUUAAAUUCUGGAAUGUUAACAAUGGCGCUUUGGUUAAUUCAGUGGAUUCCAAGUCACAAGUUUGCGCUUUAUUAUUUUCCAAAAACUACAAGGAGCUAAUAUCAGCCCAUGGUUUUGCAAAUAAUCAACUGACCAUUUGGAAAUAUCCCUCAAUGGUUAAACAAGCCGAGCUAACGGGUCAUACUUCGAGAGUAUUACAAAUGGCCUUGUCACCUGAUGGCAGUACAGUAAUAAGUGCUGGAGCUGAUGAAACCCUACGCCUCUGGAACUGCUUUGCUCCUGAUCCACAUGUGGCGAAGAAAACCAGUUCUGCCUCAAGCAAAGCUAAACAAAGUGUUUUUCGCCAAAGCAUACGAUAGAGUAAGGAGAUGUUGAAAUAGAACUUUAAGGAUGAGUAACAUCUGAAUUUUUUGUAUUUUUUACAUUUUAACUUUUUUUAAACUUUUUCAAUUGUGUUUUAUUAUUUUUUAUGUUGUGACUACUAAAAUAAAAUUAUUUUUAUACCUACCUACUAGAAUUUUUAUGAUAAUCAUAGAAAAAUAUUGUAAUCACAUAUUUAUUCGAAUAAAACUUUGCCUAAUUUUUCCACAAAAAUCA